UGGCUCCCGCAGCAUUUCCAACGUGGCUCCUGCGGACCGGACUGGGCCAACGGGCGCGAAAAGGGCGAGUGACGUGCAGGUUCAACUGCACAUGUGCCUUCUUCGGUGAUCACUUGGCAAGGCCAGCUUGGCAAAACGCGACAUGGAGCGGCCGAAGCUCAGCUGGCUACAAGAUGAGGCGGCCGAGCAGCCUGCGGAGGUCAUGGCUGCUGGCAUGUCCAAGGCCUCCGCCCCACCCCCUGAGGGCGCCACGGCUGCCGCACCCGACGCCGCCGCGGCGGCGGUGCCUGGGGCGGCCGCGGCAGUGCCGGGGUUGCUGCCGGGAGCAGCAGCCAUGAUGCCAGGUAUGAUGAUGCCAGGGAUGAUGCCUGGAAUGAUGAUGCCAGGUAUGGUGCCAGGCCUCCUGCCAGGUGUAACAAACCCAAUGAUGGCCAUGAUGAUGGGGAACCCAAUGAUGGCCAUGAUGAUGGGGGGCCAAGGUGCCAUGGCCGCCGCGACGGAUGGUGCUGCGGUUCCAGCGAAAGAGAAGAAGGAAAAGGUGGAUUCGCCCAUCGAUCCUCGCGUGCGCGACCUGUGUCGCGACUUCGGCAUCGAGGAUCGGCUCAUGCGGAAGCUCAACGACGUGAUGAUGCGUCGGCCGGACACGUUUGAGGAUGAUAUCAAGACCGUCCGGGCGAGGCUCUCGAAGGAACGUCCCGACAUCGGCGUGCUCAUCACGCAGUUGGAUCGGGGGAUCUUCGUGACGAAACAAAACAUCCAUCCAGAUAUGAAGGUCCUUGUUGACAAGUACGAUUUGGAUGAUCGAGCCACCCAACGGCUCGUUGAGAGCAUGCGGAAGAGAAGAAAGACCAUGCAGGAGGACCUCAAGGCACUGGACAUCCGCCUCAGCAGUGCCGAGCGGCCUUCGGGGCUGUUGAUGACCUUGCUGCAGGGUCUGGACACCACCGGGAAAUUGCCGGCGCCGCCCAAGUCCUUGGGACUCCCAGGCAGCUAUGGAAUGCGAGAGCCACGGGAGUCAGAGGACAAGAAGGAUCGCGACCGAGACCGAGACAGGGAUCGAGACCGAGAGAAGAAACGCUCGCGCUCCCGGCGGCGACACUGAUGGCAGCGCUGUUCCGUCGCCAGGAAGGGACCAUUCUGAAGCAAGAGUGCAACAGGUAUCAGAACCGCAAGUCUUAGAAAUAGAUAGAAUAGUAGUAUCUACUGCUGCAAAAGAGUAAGA